AUGAGUUCGAAUCAUUCAGGUAAGAUUGUUGAUAAGAUCGGAAAUCGAUUUAUUUUUUACAUUAAAGAAGAAACCAUCGAAAAAGAAGCAGCAGAUUAUCAUGCGAAGAGAAAAGAAACGUAUAUCACCCAUGCAUCUUCUGACAUCCAUCAUGGUCAAUCAGUUUCUGUCUCCAUCCCAACUUGGGAUGAUCCGACGAAAUUAGCUGCAUUCUUUGCACCUUCCAUUGAACAACUCCUGCCCGUAGCAGCUUGGCGUGGUUCUGAUACAAAGCAAAUUCUCUUUGCUACUCGCGAUAUUCAUCUGACUAUGCGCGAACACUAUAGUCAAAUGAUCCGUCAAGUUGGCCGAAAUAUUUUUCCUUGCAUCAUAGCCAGUGAGAAUGAUAUGCAUCAUCGUGGCGUCGGAUCAAUGUUUACUUUAUAUCUGGAAGAUGGAUCAACGCGUCGAACAAAGAUUCCACCAGCUAAAUAUGAAAUCUACAAAAAUCUUUCCCACAUGCCAUUGUGUGUUUACAGUAUCAUCAGUCCAUAUUUUGCUCAGCCCACCGUCAGUGGAUGGGAAGAUAAAUUAAUGGUGGUAAAUAAUAAGAUUAUUGUUGCCCUUUCAACGCUACAAACGCAAUCAAGUGAACAUGAACACUAUCGAACUAUGUUAACCUAUACACAAGAAUAUCUUCAACAAUGUUUAAAUGACAAAGCAGUUCAUGUUCAUAAUUUUCAAAAAUAUUGCCAAUCGAUACUUCCUCAUGUGAUAGUUUCUAUGGCUCGUGCAGCAGAGAUUCAAGUCGUUUCUGCGAAACCUCAAUUAGAAGCUUGGAAAUCGGAAUUGGAAGCGAUGGGUAAAUGGACAGAUACUUAUGUGAUCAUUCCAACUGUUUGGCCUGUUGGUCACGAUAAUCCUCGCCAGAAGCUAUUUCAACAGCUAAUGACAAAAGAACACUUUCAGACACAUGUGAUUAUGUCUGAAAUGCCUCGGGAUAUUGAUGAAAGCUUUGAUUUACUUGGCCGUGUGGUUGGUGAUAGAGUUGCCGCUCGAUUGAUUUUUGGAUGUGAAACACCGGGAGCUCGAAGCAUGGUCUGUGCGUUAUCUACCGAACGAGAUUUAAUUAGCGAUGCAUGCCAAGAUGCCAUCGAGAAAGUUUUUGAAAACAAAGAAAAUACAGGAACAAAUGGCAUAUUAAUAGCUUCACAACUACGCUUUUAUGCUGGUCAACCAACAUCGAAAGAGAAUGAAAAAGCGUUAUUGCAUACGGCAGCAUUAUUGGACGUUGAAGAAAAGAAAAAAAACACUAGUGGCGAGAAAAGUUUCGAUUGA